CGGUGCAGUGAAGGUCUCCUAUGGCUCUUAGCUGCCAAGCAGUCUUUCUGGUGUGGGUGGCGGCCAUGGCUGCCGGGCUGGCUGUGGCUCAGGCAACCACAGUCCGAGCCACCUACCACUACUACCGCCCUGUCCGUAAAAACUGGGACCUCACUGCUGCAGGAGCAUAUUGCGCCACUUAUGAUGCCGGGAAGCCGCUAGCCUGGCGCCAGAGGUUCAAAUGGACUGCCUUCUGCGGUCCAGACGGGCCUGGAUUCCCCGGUGCCUGUGGAAAAUGUUUACAGGUGACGAACCAAGCAACAGGAUCGCAGCUGAAGGUGAGGAUAGUGGACCAGUGCGCUAAUGGAGGACUGGACUUGGACUGGUCUGCAUUCAAGCAAUUGGACACCAAUGGCAACGGCUAUCAACAAGGGCAUCUCAUGGUAGACUACCAAUUUGUAAGCUGUGCUUGAGUGACUAAAUGGGCAGGAGGAGAAGGCAGCCCUAGCUGCUCACUAGCAGCAAUAUGUAUCAAUAAAGAUGCCUUCUUCAUAAAACAAAAACUCUCUCUCUCUCUUUCUCA